AUGCUAUUCUCUAUCUAUCUAUGUUCAUAUAUUUCAAUUAAUAUCUAUCGAUACCAUUCUCUAUCUAUCUAUCUAUCUAUCUAUCUAUCUAUCUAUCUAUCUAUCUCUGGUUUCAAAAAAAGAAAAAGAAAAAAAUGUCUAUUCCCUGCUCACAUCAAGGACGGUAACUCGGUCAGAGACUUUUCUUUUUUCUUUCUUUCUUUCUUUCUUUCUUUCUUUCUUUCUUUCUUUCUUUCUUUCUUUCUAAUAUCUUUCAAUAUAUUUUCUUUUUUCUUUCUUUUCUUUCUUUCUUUCUUUCUUUCUUUCUUUUCUUUUCUUUCUUUCUUUCUAAUAUCUUUCGUUUCCUUCCUUUCCACCAGGAUAUAUUUUCUUUUUCUUUCUUUUUUCUUUCUUUCUUUCUUUCUUUCUAAUAUCUUUCCCUUUCCUUCCUUUCAACCUGAAUAUAUUUUCUUUCUUUCUUUCUUUAUUUCUUUGUUUCUAAUAUCUUUCGUUAACGUCUCCUUCCUUUCAAAUAGAAUAUAUUUUCUUUCUUUCUUUCUUUCUUUCUUUCUUUCUUUCUUUCUUUCUUUCUUUCAAUAUAUUUUCUUUCUUUCUUUCUUUCUUUCUUUCUUUCUUUCUUUCUUUCUUUCUUUCUUUCUAAUAUCUUUCAAUAUAUUUUCUUUCUUUCUUUCUUUAUUUCUUUCUUUCUUUCUUUCUUUCUUUCUUUUCUUUCUUUCUUUCUUUCUUUCUUUCUUUCUUUCUAAUAUCUUUCAAUAUAUUUUCUUUCUUUCUUUCUUUCUUUUUUUCUUUUCUUUCUUUUCUUUCUUUCUUUUUCUUUCGUUUUUUCUUUCUAAUAUCUUUCGUCAACUUUCUUUUCCUUCCUUUCAACCUGAAUAUAUUUUUUUCUUUCUUUCUUUCUUUCUUUCUUUCUCUUUCUUUCGUUUUCGGUUUCCUUCCUUUCAACCUGAAUAUAUUUUCUUUCUUUCUUUCUUUCUUUCUUUCUUUCUUUCUUUCUUUCUUUUCUUUCUUUCUUUCUUUCUUUCUUUAUUUCUUUCUUUCUUUCUAAUAUCUUUCAAUAUAUUUUCUUUCUUUCUUUCUUUUCUUUCUUUCUUUCUUUCUUUCUUUCUUUCUUUCUUUCUAAUAUCUUUCAAUAUAUUUUCUUUCUUUCUUUCUUUCUUUCUUUCUUUUUUCUUUCUUUCUUUCUUUCUUUCUUUCUUUCUUUCAUUAAUAUAUUUUCUUUCUUUCUUUCUUUCUUUCUUUCUUUUCUUUCUUUCUUUCGUUAACAAUAUAUUUUUUCUUUCUUUCUUUUCUUUUCUUUUUCUUUUUUCUAAUAUAUUUUCUUUCUUCUUUCUUUUUUCUUUCUUUCUAAUAUCUUUUUUAACCUUCCUUCCUUUCAACCUGAAUAUAUUUUCUUUUUCUUUCUUUCUUCUUCUUUUUCUUUUUUUUCCUUCCUUUCAACCUGAAUAUAUUUUCUUUCUUUCUUUCUUUCUUUCUUUCUUUCUUUCUUUCUUUCUUUCUUUCUUUCUUUCUUUCUAA